AUGAAAUCCGAUAUCCAAUCAAUCGUUGACCGCAUCAAGACUGGAAAGGUCACGCGAAUCGUUGUCUUGACUGGCGCUGGUAUCAGCACUGGCGCUGGGAUCCCAGAUUUCAGAUCUCCAAACACAGGGCUGUAUGAUAAACUUGCUCCAUUGAGACUGCCUUAUCCAGAGGCGAUUUUUCACAUCAAUUAUUUCUCCCACACACCUGAGCCAUUCUACGCAAUCGCCCAGGCACGUCACCCAGGAAAUCUCAAACCGACAGUCACUCAUGCAUUCCUGGCACUGCUCGCGAAAAAGAAUAUCCUCCAUUUUCUUUUCACUCAAAACAUUGAUGGGCUUGAGCAUGAUGCUGGUGUUCCACUUGAAAAGGUUCUCUGGGCUCAUGGAAACUGGAAGAGUCAACAUUGCUAUAAGUGCAAGUCGCCAUAUCCCGACGACCUCAUGAAUAAAGCGAUUCGAGAGGGCGAAGUGCCAUAUUGUCUUGAGACCGAAUGCAGGGGUGCGGUGAAGCCAAAUGUUGUAUUCUUUGGACAAUCUCUGCCGGCUGAAUUUGAGGACAAGCAGAAAGUUGUCCUCGAUGCAGACUUGAUGCUUGUCAUGGGCACUAGUUUGAAAGUGGCACCUUGCUCUAGACUACCAGGUAUGGUAAAGGAGGGUGUUCCUCGGGUUUUGAUCAACAAUGAAAAAGCAGGAGAUCUGGGUAAUCGAGACGAAGAUGUGUGCAUCCUCGGGAGCUGUGACGACGGUGUUCGUCAAUUAGCUGAUGCACUUAGGUGGGGAGAGGACUUGAACAAUCUUUGGGAGAAAGCGGUCGCUGCAAAGAAAGACGAUGAAAGAUUUGACGGUGGCCCAAGCCUAGAUGAGUGCAUUGAAAAAUUGGCUAGUGGGAUGAAGGAGAAGAUGAAGGUGUCGGAUGGGCACAAACGCAUGUUGGAGAACCAUCUGAGAACUAAAUUUGAGAUAGGGAAAAGUCCUAUACACUCGUAG